AAGGAAGUACUUCUUAAAACUACUUCCGCACAGACGCCUUGGGUACCCGCGCGCUGGCGGGAACGAGAUCGCGAGGCACACACCAGCGCCAGAGGAACCAAGACGCCCCAGUCAGAGUUCCUGCCGGAGCCGGUGCCGCGGAGCGCCGGUCCCUGAGACACACCACGGCGGUCCUCCCCGGCGCUGGUACGGUGGCCUGGGACAGCCCUCAAACACCCGACACAGCUCCGGUCCACACAGCGCCUGAGCUUUUCAAACGGCGCCCACCCCGCGUCUCGUCAUCUUCGCGCCUCAAGACUCAGGAGCGCGUCGUCCCUAGUCUAUCUGGCAGUGAGGACCCCUCCUCUUUCCAGUGCCCCAGGGACUGCGAACUGGGUGGUCUUGACCUUGGUGGAGACUGACCCAGGAACCAGAUGAGCAGAGACUUCUGCGUCCACACCUGGCCAUGCUCCUAUUAUUUGGAACUUGAGAAGCGAUGGGUUCCUGGAAAACUUUGGUUAACUUCACUCUCACUGAAAUUUCUGACUGAUAAAACUGGAGACUUUCUUGUCAGCUUUCCUCUUGCUGAUAUAAUUGAGAUCAAGAAAGAAGCUUCUCAUUUUAUCUUCAGUUCUGUCACCAUCCUGGAAAAGGGCCAUGUCAAGCACUGGUUCAGUUCCUUGCAGCCUAAUCGGAAUGUCGUUUUCCAUAUCAUUGAACACUUCUGGAGAGAGUUGCUGCUAUCUCAACCAGGAGGUGCUGUGGAGGCGUCAUCCUCCCGCAUGACCAAGGGGAAGGAGCUGACUGGUCUAAUGUCCUGUUCCCAGAAGCGUCUAGAAGAUGCAGCCAGAGUCCUACACUACCAGGGUGAGCAGCUGGACAGCAUAACGAGCAGCCUGGACAAUAUGGAGUCUGACCUGGAUGUGGCUGACAGGUUGCUGAAAGAACUGGAAUCUCCUUCGUGGUGGCCCUUUAGCUUCAAGCUUUGGAAGAUGCCAUCAGACACAAACUCCAGGGGAGGCUCCUCAAUGGCUAGUACCAAAGCUCUUGGAAAAGAAGGGAUAGUGAUCAGAAUUCCUGCUGUUAUUUCCCAAGGAACAGAAUCUCAUGUUAAACCAGGAAGGCUCACCAUCCUUGUUUCUGGGUUGGAAAUCCAUGACUCAAAUUCUUUGCUGUUACACAGAUUUGAAAGAGAAGAUGUAGAUGACAUUAAGGUUCACACACAUUAUGAAGUUAGCAUCCGCCAGCGGUUCAUUGGGAAGCCAGACAUAACUUUUCGUUUGAUAUCUGCCAAGAUGCCAGAAGUUGUUCCCAUUUUGGAAAUGCAGUUCAGCAAGAAGAUCGAGUUUUUAGAAGAUGCCUUGAUGCUCAGAAGCACUGGAACCUCUUCCCCAGCAGAGAAGGGCUACUCAGUCUGGCAGGCAGCGUCCAGGCCAGUGGACUGCGCCAGGCACCGAGAGCCCUCCUUGGGGAACCAGGAGGGCAGGCUGCUUCAACUACAGAUGAGCGAGCCACUCAUUUCUGAGGAGGACACCCAGGAACUCAGACAGAUCCUUGGGAAGCUGAAGGGUCUUGCCUUGGAUGCUGAGGCGGAGUUGGAGAGACAGGAUGAGGCAUUGGAUGGCAUCACCACUGCUGUGGACCGGGCAACCUUAACCAUUGACAAGCACAAUCGACGAGUGAAAAAACUGACCUAGAAGGACAAGAGAGGGUAGAGGUGAGAGCUUUUGAUGAGAAUCGCAUCUCAGUAUGUUGUCCUCAACCCCUGCAUGCUGCCUUCAGAUGACCACAGGAGGUCAUUCUCAGGGCCAGAGAAAAACUUGCGGUCCUGCCUCAGAGGCAUACUUGCCUCAGGACAAAGGCUGCUGUGAAGGACCUGGGCAGCCACGGAGGGGUCCUCUGCAGGGCCCUGAAGGUGCAGCUGCAGGAGAGGAGUUCUGCCUGUGGACACAGCAAACGGUAUCCCGCCAAGGCCCUCUUGAGCUGCUGGUGCCGUCAGGAGCACCCAUGCACUCAAGCACGUGGCUGAGCCCUGGUGAGCCCUGCACAGCUGCGUGGUGGCUCUUCAUUCAGAUGCUGGUCUGCACCCAGCACUGAGGGACCACUUUGCAUGGCCUUAUCCCAGGUCUCCAGCAUCACCAGUAGCUGCAUUAUCAUCCUUUCUCCACUCUUGUUGGGCGUAAAAGGAAGGUUUAAGCCUCUGUGAAUAAAAUCUGCUUUUUUUUAACUGUGGGUCUAAGCACUGCAGGUGUACCUUGUAUCGGCACAGUCCCUUCUCCAGGACCACAUGCCUGAGCCUGCUCCCCUCUGUGGGCCGCUAAGCAACCCACCGCCCUCACUUGUUCCAUCUCUCUGGUGGGAAGGCCAGUUUCUUUUUGGUUGUAUUGUCAUUUUCUAACUAAAGCUAAGAGUCUAGCAUACCUUGAGGUCAUCAUAUACUAGUAAACACCUGAAAUACUAUUUCAUUGCUCAGUUUUUAGCCAAAGGUGAAAAUAGUAUAUAUUGCACCUAUUUAAAAGGUUUUGAUUUUUGCUUUUACUGCCCCAUUUCUGUCCAGAAACAAAAGAGAAAUGGUAGUGUUAGGAUUUUUUGUGAAGAUACACACUGAUGCUGCUUUUUGCUUGGUUUGGUGUCUAUGAGAGGGCCCCUUGGGGGAUGAGGGGAAAGUGGAGGAGCGUGCAUCUCCCAGACCGCUUUGAAAUAGCAUCCUGGGAGGCUGUACACAGAGAGGCUCCUUGGAUCUUGAGGAGUGUCUACAGUUCCUGGAACAGCGCCUUCAGGCCCUGUGCUGCUGUGUUUGGAGUCCUAGGUGGGUUCAGGGAACUGCCCUGGGCAGUGCUAGAUUUCUGAGCUGACCUUAGGAAUUCCACACAGAGUAUACGACAACAGGAGUGUGCUCUCCAGGUUUGGAGGCCAGAAGUCCAAGGUCAGGGUGUUGCAGGGCUACGCUUCCUCCUGAGGCACUUAGAAGCUUCCAGUAGCAGAAAAUCCAUCUGAGUUGAUGACUCGAGCCCAAAACACAGAAACCUAUCUGUUUAAACCCACUAACAAUAGCCAGGCUGAGGCAAAAGUGCCAAAAACCCUGACACUAAGAACUCCCACAGCCCCUGCUCCCCCAGGUGCUCACUUCUACCUCCCACUGCUUCCCACCCCAGGUGCACUAACUCCACCUUUCCUGGCCCCUCCACACUAGGAGCACAAAUACCAAUUCCUUAGACUAGCACAUCCAGGGCGAUGCAACUUCAUCCUCCAGUGCUCCCACUGCCAGUUCUCUGUCUUCAUCUUCACUGUCCCCCUCACCUGGUGCACUGUCUUCACCUUACACUUUCACCCUAGGGAGAAACAUGAGGGGAGUGGACCUUAUGAUACUCAGAUGCUAGACCGGAGAAAGGAGUUCAGCAGGCAGGCUAGUGAUCUCUUGCAUCCAGAUAGCACGUGCCCUGAUGGCUCCCACCAAGUGGAUCAGGUUAUUAGACCCUCUAGAGCCAUUGUCAUCAUCAUUAGUUGGCAUAGAGCAUGUUGUCUCCGGUCCUGCUUUCCCUCUCCUGAGUUGGAGCUUACCUUCUGACACUGAUGUUGGGCCUGUGUGUGGGGUUGAUCUCUCCACAUGCAUCAUUCCUGCACCAAAAUCUGUCUGCUCUUUACCCUGUCAGUAUUUUUGUCAGUUUGUUAUAACCCUGUAAGAUGUUUGCAGUUCCUAAAACUUAAUGUGAGCUUAGUUACUCUCUAUAUGAAGGUAGACACAGUGUAAGUCCUUCGAAUGCAACUAAAUGAAACAGCUCUGACAUUUCAUCAGAAAAGGCUGAUUCCGCCCUACUGGUGUGGCUCAGUGAUUCAGCAUCAACCCAUGAACCAAGAGGUCACAGUUUGAUUUCUGGUCAGGGAACAUGCCUGGAUUGUGGGCUCAGGGAUGUCCAGGAGGAAGCUAGUCGAUGAUGUUUUUCCUCAUCAAUGUUUCUCUCUAUCCCUCUCCCUUCUUCUCUCUCUAAAAAUCAAUAAAAGAGGGGGCUGAUUCUUUUGUUAGCUUAGGGCAGGGGUCAGCAGACUUACUGUAAAAGUACAGGGAGUAACUUCAUCUUUUGAGCCAUAUUGGUGUCUGUCACGACAUCUUAGGUCUGCUGUUUAUGUGAAGAUGGCCUGGACUUGUGAGCAAUGGGUAUGCUGGUUCCAAUAAAACUACCUGUGAAAUUGGAA